CCCUCCGCGCCUGCUCUCCGCAGCCCGAGCGGCACAGCCUGAGGCGACUGCUGCUGAGGCGGCGGCGGGGCUCGCGGUCGUGGUCCUUGCCGCAGCCGCUGGGGCCGCUCCCGCCCAGGCGGCGGGCGAUGGUGCAGCGGGGCGCGCGGCGGCGGGCAUGACGGAGGAUGGAAGGGCAGGACGAAGUGUCGGCGCGGGAGCAGCACUUCCAGAGCCAAGUGCGGGAGUCCACGAUAUGUUUCCUUCUCUUUGCCGUUCUCUAUGUUGCUUCCUACUUCAUCAUCACAAGAUACAAGAGAAAAUCAGAUGAACAAGAAGAUGAAGAUGCCAUAGUCAACAGGAUUUCGUUGUUUCUGAGCACGUUCACGCUCGCUGUCUCAGCCGGGGCUGUCCUGCUUUUGCCCUUUUCCAUAAUCAGCAAUGAAAUCCUGCUUGCCUUUCCUCAGAGCUACUAUAUUCAGUGGCUGAAUGGCUCCCUGAUUCAUGGUUUGUGGAAUCUUGCUUCUCUCUUUUCUAACCUCUGUUUAUUUGUGUUGAUGCCUUUUGCCUUUUUCUUUCUGGAAUCAGAAGGUUUUGCUGGCCUGAAAAAGGGAAUCCGAGCCCGAAUUUUGGAAACUCUUGUCAUGCUUGUCCUCCUGGCAUCUCUGAUUCUGGGGAUGGUGUGGGUUGCCUCGGCACUGGUCGACAACGACGCGGCAAGCAUGGAGUCUCUGUAUGAUCUCUGGGAGUUCUACCUGCCCUAUUUAUAUUCCUGUAUAUCAUUGAUGGGCUGUUUGUUACUUCUCUUGUGUACGCCCGUGGGCCUGUCCCGCAUGUUCACCGUGAUGGGCCAGCUGCUCGUGAAGCCCACAAUUCUUGAAGACCUGGACGAACAAAUUUAUAUUAUUACCCUAGAAGAAGAAGCACUCCAGAGACGACUGAAUGGACUAUGUUCAUCAGUGGAAUACAAUAUAACAGAGUUGGAACAGGAGCUUGAAAAUGUAAAGACUUUAAAGACAAAACUAGAGAGGAGGAAAAGGGCUUCGGCCUGGGAAAGGAACUUGCUGUUCCCUGCUGUUAUGCUUCUCCUCCUUACCCAGACAUCCAUUUCAGUCCUCCUGGUGGCUUGUAAUAUUCUUUGCCUGUUGGUUGAUGAAACAGCAAUGCCGAAAGGAACAAGGGGGCCUGGAAUAGGAAAUGCUUCUCUUUCUGCUUUUGGUUUUGUGGGAGCUGCACUCGAGAUCAUUUUGAUUUUCUAUCUUAUGGUGUCCUCUGUUGUCGGUUUCUAUAGCCUCCGAUUUUUUGGAAACUUUAUUCCUCAGAAGGAUGAUACAACCAUGACAAAGAUCAUUGGGAAUUGUGUGUCCCUCCUGGUCUUGAGCUCCGCUCUGCCUGUGAUGUCAAGGACACUGGGAAUCACUAGAUUUGAUCUACUUGGAGACUUUGGAAGGUUUAAUUGGCUGGGAAAUUUCUAUAUUGUAUUAUCCUACAAUUUGCUUUUUGCUAUUGUGACAACAUUGUGUCUGGUCAGAAAAUUCACCUCUGCUGUACGAGAAGAACUUUUCAAGGCCCUAGGGCUUCAUAAACUUCACUUACCGAAUACUUCAAGGGAUUCAGAAACAGCAAAGCCUUCUGCAAAUGGUCACCAGAAGGCCCUGUGAGGCACGCAGCACCCACGUGGUCCAGAGGCCCAGGGUCCCUGAACUCAGGGCCCUCCUGGCAUCAGAGGCGGUUCUCAAUGACUGGCUCCUAUUUAGGGCUGCUGGCCAGGGCUGUUCUUUCAUGACUGAUGGAGAGCGGGGCAUCUCGGACUUCCUCAGGUCAGCUUGGCGGGCCCGGUAGCCUGCAGCCCAGUGCAGGCCCUGAGGACGGCACAACGCUUUGUGGACACGCUUGCUUGCAUCAGUUGACAGUUGCUGUGUGAGAAUGUUGGAAGAGGCAACUUUGGGGCUUUCUAAGUAGUCACCUAAAUUCCUUUCCAUGUGUCAUCAGAGGUGGAUGCCUCCUUGGCACUCGGGUGUGACGUGAAGGGUCUGUGGCCUGGCUCACAGUAGGCACGCUGGGCCGUCGUGGUGGCAGACUUUUUUCACUUCCUUUUUUUAAAGAAAAAACCAAAAGCUUAGUUCUGAUUUAUGUUUUGGAAUGGUCUUGAUUGGCACUUGAUUCAAGGGAAAAAUACAAAAAUCUUUUAAAACCUGGGCCGUAGCAGAACACUGCAGGAACACGUUGUGUGUGUGGUGCGUGAUCCUCAGGCAGGAAGUGCCAGGUCACGCUGGGGCCCUAUGUGCGUGUGGCUCAGUAUUACCUCCCGUAGCACAGUUGCCAGUGUCGGAUACACUUGUAACUUAAAGAGUUUGCCUUACAGGCUCUAUAUACACACAUUUUUUAAAAGCGUUUUCUUCAAAAAUCCCUCAGUUCCCUGUGCUCCUGUGUCUGUUAUGAAACUAUAGCUGCUGUGUGGUGGAAAUGCCUUCUGUCACCACACUUUUCGGGCUUUGGUUACUUUUGUAUAUGUCAGUUUAAACCUCAGACUUGUAAGUAAGUUACCAGUUCAACAUCCAAGACGCGUACCAUCAGCACCCACAGCGUAGGACGAUUCUGCAGCGCUCCAUCCAGCUGUACAUGAUUCCUGGGGUGGCUUCUUGACUUAAAGUCCCCUGGAUGAAAGCUAUAGAAUUAUUCUGUGUGUCACCAUCCACUAAGGUGGAGUACUGACCACUGUGCAUGCAGAACUGGGAGGUGGGCCCCCGUGCACGGGAUGCUGUCACAGUCCCCACAUGCGGGCGCUCACAUGCACUGUGUGUACUAUGGUGGCUUGUCUGCGUUCAGACAAUAGGGAAAGAACAUUUUCUCAAGUUGUUGAGUUUAAAGGGAUUUUCUUUUUUGGAGAAAUUUAUGAAAAACAGGCUGUAUAUAUGUGACAUAAAAAAUUUCUACUUAGAGCCAAAAUAAUAGGAAAAAGUUCAUAAGCUCUAUUCAUCUCCUUUGUUUAUGCCAUGCAUUUCCCUCUGAGGUUCUCUUGUUAAAAUAAAGCUUAGUUUUAAAAUAAAGGAAUAUUUUGUGAUUCCAAACAGCAUUCAGUAAAUACUACAAGCUUAAGUAUUGGUGAGUUUCUCAGCAUAAGGUCUGCCUAUGGAGAAAACUAAUAAAGUUGGCUGCUUUCUAAUUUCACUGGUAAUUAUACCUAUUUAAGCAUUAAUUGCAAGCUUUUAUUUUUUACUGAAACUUGCUUGCAAUCUACACUUUGAACAGACCGGGUCAAGGAGAGAGGAGAAAGAAGCUUCUUUAAAUAAAAGACUAUCACUUUAAACUUACACCAAUAUUUCAGGGCACAUAUAGAGGAAGAGUUCCUGGGUAUUUGUAACAUGUCUGAAAAUUUUCAAGUAAAAUAUUAAACUUAUCAAUGUCUUUGCUCACUUGAAAGUUCUUUUCCAUUGGAAGACUUAAUUAAGCAGGUUUGGAUUAGUAAGCAGUAAACUAUAUUAUAAAUUCCUCAAGUUUUUGUUGGAUGCAUCUUCAUUGCUCUUGAACGAGGAUACACAUCAUGUGGAGGAAUGGUUUUGAACCUUGGUUCUCACAUGCUUUUUAUGGAAGCAAAUGUAGGUUGUUCCAUACCCCACCUGCCACAUAAUUACAGCCGUGUGAGGCUCUACAGACAGCUAGUGUGUGCCUGGCCACAUAUGCAGGAGUCUUCCCUUGGAGUGAGAGACUUACUUUAAAUGCAGGUGCUCCUGUUGGAUGUGUACUGGAGACCGGCUGCAGGAAGUGCAUGGCAAGAAUGGGUGGCAAUACACUGAGGCCAGGAACUCGAUGACUGGCGAGGAACCAUUCCCGUCGGGUCGCCCUCCAGUGAGCAUUCUUAUGGAGAAGGCAGGUAGGCCUGCGGUCAGAGCGCCAGGUGCCGGCGGUCCGCUUGGUUCUGCAGCUGCCGUUUCACUGCUGGGUGCUUGGCGUGUCAGUAACUGUGUUACCUGCUCCUCUUGCUCUCGUCUCUAGGGUCUGUUAUAAAAGGGCAUUAGGCACCAUAGUUAAGUUUAUUGGGGAGACUCAGCCAAUUAUCAUGAACUAGUUAGUUCUGCAACAUAUUUAAAUUAUUUUAAGAUUAUAAAUUUUAUAGGUAAUAUUUGUAAUGUUUUUUACUGAUUUUCUAAGAUAUUUCUUUGAUUUCAUAUUUACUUAACUUUAUAUACAUUGUAUAUAAAAGUAGAUGUGUUCUGAAAAGAGCCUUUAUGUGAAAAUGAUACACCCGUGCUGACAUCAGCUCCGUCAGUGCUGCCCUGCAGAAGUGACACCGUCCGUGCGGUUUUGACUCUCGGGUGCAUUAAAGGCGCUUACAUCCCCGGUGUGCAGGUCUCAAGGCGUCGACGCCUGCCUGGCUUUGCUGGAGUGCAGCGGACCUCAGUCAGCUAAUGACUCAGGCUCACACCUCUUGUGUGGCCUGUGUGGCCUCCUUUGUUGUUAACACAGUGUUUAAUGUGUAAAGGUAGAUUCUUAAAACAAUAAUUUAAAAAAUCUGAGCAUUCAUGCAGUACUGACUUUUUAAACUAAAAACUAAAGUAUGAUGUUACUUUAAUGUUUGGAUGCACUGGUUAAAUAUUUUUGUUUACAGAGUGUUUUGUUUACAAAUUAUCUGUUGAUCUUAUUUGUUUCUAUGAGACACUUUUAGUGUGACUUUUUUUUUUGUUGUCAUUAAUCUACAGUUACAUGAAGAACAUUAUGUUUACUAGGCUCCCCCCUUCACCAAGUUAGUGUGACUUUUUAAAAGUCUUAGAAAUUAAAGUUUUACAAGUGAUCUCAUAUUUCGGUUGGUAAGCAUUCAAAUGUGUUUUUGUUAGUUUUAAUCUCAAAUACAAUCUUGGCUAAAACUUAGGGUUUAUAUAGGUUACUUUCAGUUUUAUAAAGGGCUGUAGUUAUUCUGGUGGGAUGUCGCAUUGAGGAAGAAGUGGGUAUUUUCUGUUUUUGUUGUUGUUAGAGUUAUUGGUGGUCUUGUUGCUUGCAACCUAAAAUGUAAUUGAAAUCAUGUUUGUUAUCUUAUUUAAUUGCAUGAGUAGAUUUGUCUGAUUCCUCUAAUCGCUUUGUAGAAGGACUAAGCCAUACCUAGUGGGGUCUGGACAUCUUAACCAGAGUUUUCACAAGAGUAAAUGCUGCUGCAUCUGGUUAAUCCACUGAAACAGAAUCCUUUACACCAGUGGAUUUCAAGCGAUUUGACCACAGGGAGACCUACAUUCUGCAUUGUAACUCAGUAUACACACACUCACAUGCGCACAUGUACACAUUCUAUACGUAUAAACAAAAAUAUAACAACACUGUCCUGACUUUUACUAUGUGUGAUGCAUGCUGGCAUUUCCUGUUCUGUUUUGCUAUUUUUUUUAAACCACUAAGUCAUUUCCUGACCUGCUAAUGUAUGGCAAACUUUAGUAUGAAAGACGACUUUGGAAUCUUGUCGAAAGAAGUAUGAACAUAAAGACCUUUCUUGGCUUUUGAAUAUCAUUCAGAUUAAAUUCAUUAUUACAAAUACCACUGAAGCAAAAGUGUUAUGUAUGCAAAUUACUUGCUACACUGCAAAAAAUGUAAAAUCAGUAGAAAUUGCUAAACACCAAAAAAUGGAUUAUGAAAUUUCAAAACCAGAUUAUUGUUUUAGAGGAGCAGAGCUGAGAACUAAUUUUCAAGACAAGUUACUUAACUUCCAGUUCUGUGUAAUUCAAUUAAGAAAAAGUUUUUUCAAGUUCAGAUGUAAUCCAAUAGGAAGUUCAAACACAAUGCAGUUAUACUAGGAUAUGGCUUUGGUAUUAUACUUGUCUAAACAAACUGCAGAAGCCAAGUCCACAAGCACGGGUUAUGAAGAACACGUGGCAGCCUCUGCUUGGCGUGCUUUCUGAGGACUAAAAGGGAACAGGAGGAUCCUUACGACUCCGAGGAGGCUGAGAUUCAUAUGUGUGUUGUGAAUUUGAAGAAGAAAGUUUUAUCAGUAACUAAAUCCCAUGUGAAUGUUCUAAUGUCCUUGUCAUUGAAAAGCUUUUGUUAAAAAAUGUACAGCUUAUCAACAGUGGCCCCUGAGAAUCCAGGACAUGCUGUCAUAUUGAGUGGCUGUCACUGUUAGGUCCUAUCAAGUGGCUAUUGCUGUUAAAUCGAGUGUUUGUAGCUAUUGCAUCAUACUGAAUGGCUGUAGCUGUUACACCACCGAGUUGGAGAACUGCUGAGGCCAAAGGCCAGCACCUCUCCCAGCCCACUUCUGCCUGCUUUUUGGGGCUUUGAUUUCUUAGUGACUGUCAUCACUGGUUCAGAAUUUUCAAAUACCAGAUAAUAAAUCAUUCAUCGCAAAAUAUAAUCAAGUAUUUGAGCGCCAUUUCUCUUGUUGCCGUUUGCUGAUGGCGGAUUGACAAGUGUGCCAUAGUGUCAGUUCCUGUGUUUCUAAGCCUUAUAAAUUCAAGCAAACUCUUUGUUCCUAGGUUAAAUGCAGCCAGACAUUUAAUAAUACAGAUAACAUAAGUAGGUAGCCAAGGUUUGAUUAUAAAAUGAGACCAAUUUUAUGUGUGUAGCUUUCAAAGAGACUUGCUACUUUAAAACAGCAACAAUAAUGGGAAGUAUUUAAGUAGUGCGUCCCUGGGUGGGUCAUUGCCGUGUUUGUAUUUCAAUGUGUAACUCUUUGAUCUCAGGACAGCCUCAUUAAGUGGGUCCUGUGAUUAUUCCCACCUGGUAAACGGGAAAGCUAAGCACAGAGAUGUUAAGUAGCCUGCCCUGCAACUCACAGGGCUCAGAGUUGGAGCCCCAGGCUGCUGGAUCCCAGGUUCCUACCUUCACCACUGUGUAUGUAUGUUGCUUCUCGGAUAUCUAUCUCACCUCUCAGUUACGGCCCAUGAGAAGGAAGCACCUGUUUUUCUGCUGGACCCCUGUGACUAGAUGGCAGAGUCCUAAGAUAAGAGCAUCUUCCGUUCCUUUAAGGACCAAACACAGGAACCUUUCUGAUUGUCGCCUCUGUCUUGGUGGUGCGUGCCCAGCAGGGGAGCAGGGAAGCAGGUUAAUGUAAUUCCUAGAAAUGAAGGUCCUGGAUCAAAGAUAAUGGACAUUACCAAACUCUUUGCAGAAAGACUCCAUCAAAAUACGCUCCCUGAUGGCACGUAAAGGCCUUCUGUACUCCAGGAUUUUAAAAUACAUUUACCCACUUUUGAGAUGCAGCUCACAUGCCGUGAAGCUCACUCCCUCAGCCUGCACGUUGGGCAUUGGCAUCCUCACGGUGUCGCACACCCACCACCAUCUAACCCAGAUCUCCAGCCCAGCCGCGGGUAUGGCUCGACUUACUUCCUCACCAGUCAUCACCUUACUGGGGCUUGAUCCGGAAGAAACGGGUGAGAUCAUGGGUGUGUGGAGACCUACUUGCCACACAGUGGCCGUGUGCACCGCGCAGCAUGACUGCAGUUCCAUUUGAGUGGUGUUCUGGCCCCUGGGUGGGGUCUGACCAGGGGACUCAGCAGACGUCUCGCUGGGACCUCCGGAAGGUGACUUCAAGGGCAGAUCCACCAGGAGAGGCACCUUCUACUCCACUGUUUGUCCUGCCGUACCGUGGUUGUGACAGGACGUGAUGGCUGGGCCUCUAAGGGCCACUUGGGACCAUGAACUUUCCUUGAGGGCCGACAGCUGACAGAGCUCCGUACGCCCUGCCUACCCUCCUGGGGCUUCUGAGGACACAGCAGCGGCUCCUGCAUUCAGGCCACUGCGGUCAGGUCUGACAAGUGCCCUGAACACAGUGCAGCCAGUCCUGAUCCAGCUUCACUGUUUGCUCCGGUGACAGGCCAGUGGUGGCAAUGCUGUAUGUUAAACAACAUGCGUGAUGGUAGUGUCUUUUCAUGAGCUAAAUGUCUGUAAAAGUCAAGUCUUUCUAAAUUUUAUAUCCCAAACCUCCAGUUAAUGUUACUCAUAAACUGAUUUUGAAGACUAGUCUCUCCUCUGUUCAUGUACCAAACACUAACCUUGCGUUUUGAAUUAUGAGUAGAUAAACUUAUUCUUGAUUA